AAGAGAACCUCAAAACUAAAGAUGCGCGCCUUCAUCGUAAUGUGCCUGGUGGCAGUCGCCUGCGCCGAUAAACUCGGCUACAACUACCAGCCCGUGGGCCACUCCAGCUCCGGCCUGUCCUUUGCUCCUGGUAGCGGAAGCAUUGGAGGUGGUUCCAUUGGAGGAGGAAGCCUAGGAGGUGGCUCUCUGGGAGGAGGAAGCCUAGGAGGUGGCUCUCUGGGAGGUGGCUCUCUGGGAGGUGGCUCCCUGGGAGGUGGCUCCCUGGGAGGUGGCUCCCUGGGAGGUGGUUCUAUCGGAGGAGGAAGCAUUGGCGGUGGUCUAGACUCUGGCCUUGGUGGUCUGAGCGGUCUGGGUGGUGGUGAUUCCUUGAGCGCCCCCGUCUCCUACCAAGCACCUGCUGCCACCGGUGAGCUCGAGAAGGAGUUCUUCACCUUCUCCGCCAACGAGCAGGACUUUGAUGAGCCCCAGGAGUUGGAGCGCGUCGCUGGAUCUGUAAACAAGGGACUGCGUGUUGUCUUCAUCAAGGGACCCGAGAACCGUGGCCUGGAGAACGCCGCUCUGGCUCUGGCCAAGCAGGCUGCCCAGCAGGAGACCGCCAUCUAUGUCCUGAACAAGCAGGCUGACAUCGGAGAUCUGGCCAGCAAGCUGAACGCCAUCCGCAGCAACAACAACAACAAGCCCGAGGUGCAUUUCGUCAAGUACCGCACCCAGGAGGACGCUGCCAACGCCCAGCGCGCCAUCCAGGGACAAUACGACCAGCUCGGAGGAUCCUCUCAGGCUCAUGAUGGUGGUGUGGCCAAGGCUCUGAACUUCGCCUCUGCCGGUCCCGUCCAGAGGGCUAACGCCCAGAUCCCCGAGAACGCCUACCUGCCCACUUCGGUCUUCCGUCGUCGCCUGUAA